AUGGAGGACGAGGACAACAAUUCUAGUGAGACCGGCGUUCCAUUGAAUUCUGAUGGCGAUUCAGACGAUGAUUCUGUUUUUCCUCAUCUUACAAAUGGUUAUGCAAAUCCCGUAGAAAUUGGAGGAUCUUCAAUCGAUCUCAGCGAUGACGAAGAUACAAAAAGCAACGAAGAAGAUGAUGAUGAGAGGAUGUUCGAGGUUACUGAUUUGGCGAUACGGAGAGCGUUCAGAGAAGAUGAGAGUCGUCGGAAUGCUCCAUUGACGGCCGAGACGAAGGAGAGCGAUGAAAAAUUAAGAUUUAAGAUUGGGGUCUAA